AUGCAUUUAACUAAGCCACGUGGAAUGCUGUUGUACAGGAUCAAAGUGUCCGGCCCGUGGCAGUGGACUGCGUUUGGUUUGAUUGCCGAAGAAUGUCUUAGGCUGUUGUCCAAAUGGCCUAUGAUGCAGUACGGAGCCAUGGCCAUGCUGGCCACGGCCAUGGGCAUGACGGCUGCCUUAGUGUCCGAUGACCUCUGUUUGAAGCUGUUCGAUACGCCGGCCUUCAUGGUCCGUGACCAACUGGUGUCGAUAGCGGUGAACCAGACGGCCAAAUUGGCGGGCAGAGGGAUCCGGUAUUGGUGGCAAGGGUUGACGGAAAACCAACGGAAACGCCACACGAAGACAUUGAAGAAGUCGGUACCGUUGUUGGGCAUCACGGCAAUGGCCGUUUUGGCGGUCACCGUGGGUUUCUACAUGCAUCACACCGUGGUGGACCCUUACACGAAACGCGCCGUCUUCAGCCUUUGCUCGGACCGCGAUAUGAAGGACGCAGACGACUGCGCAACCAGAUUCGUACUCAAAGAAUUCGGCUCGUUGGAUUAUCACAAGUACGAUGUCCACGACGGCAGCCUUGUUGAAGUAAUAAACAAUACGGUGAGUUUAAUCGUUGCGGCCAAUCCCGCCGUGGCCGGCCACAUCCCUUGGAAAGUGGAUUUGGGACAAGCAUUUACGCUGCCCCGCGGCUCGAUGUUGUUCGGCCGCGACCUGUGGUGGCACACGGACGACCAGAUAUCCUCUAUCGUGGGCCACAAAAUGGCUCAUUGCAUUCGCCGGCACCACACGGUUAUGAUCAGUCAGCAACGACUUUUCAACGUAACCAAGCUGCUGCCGUUGACCGUGGCCUACGCUUGCACGACUGAAUCCGGUGAUAUUGUCGUGGAACCGAUAUGCUCGAUGGUGUAUUCGUUGGCCUUCGAACUGCCUCUCACCGUGAGCAGAGAACUGGAAGCUGACAGGUACGGCCAGGAGCUAAUAGCGGCCAUCCGAUCAGACCAGCCCAACUAA